AUGAUAACCUAUUUUUUGCUUUUUCUAGACUCCGUUGCAAGCCAAAUGUUUGCAAUACCAAUUUUGUAUAGCAGAUAUACUGAUCCUCUUCUGGCUAAUAUUUUAGCGAAUACUAUAGACUGCUCAAUAAAUAGUAGGGCUGGCUGCGACUUAAAUUUGCCAUAUCAGUAUGAAGCCAUAGAGAUAUUUAAUGCUUAUGACUUAGAGACAAUUUUUACAAAUUCAGAUUAUUUAUUUCUUUUUGAUGCAACUUUUUCUCUAAGUAUGAACGCGUUGGUAAGUAAAUAUGCAAUGGAAUAUGGAUUUAUACAUUUUGUUUAUGGAAAUGCGCCAGAAAAUGCUUUACCCUACGUAAUUUAUUCAGAUUAUCGCUUUAGUGUAUAUAGAGAAGUAGCAAUCGAUUUUGCCAAAAUUUAUGGAAUUAAAAAAGCAAUUGCUAUAAUUACUUGUGAUUUCAUCGAAAUGGAUUUCAAUAAUGAUAAAGGGGUCGAAAUAGUCGCCCAAUACAAAAUUCCUAAAUCAGCUCCUUAUGAAUACAUUUUUUCCCUUAUAUCAAAAGAAAUCAAGCCUUCAGGCAUAAAAUGAUUUUUCUUCCAAACAAAUUCAAAGACUUCUAAAUUAAUCCAAGAAGCAUUAGUUCAAGCUGACAUGGACAAAGAAGGAUACACAUAUACAAUUUAAAUAACUUUAACAAAUAAAAGUAACAGUAAAAUCCUUAUUUGUAUUAGAAAUAUUACAAAUUAAUAUAUUUUCUUCAUAUAAAAGAUAUAUAUUUAUAUGCAAGAAGCUGCCUGAAGUGCUUAUCUAAAAGGCUCAAUUUUAUUAGAAGCAAGCAUAUUUCAUAGCUAUGAUUUUUACGAUUAUACUGAAACAACUAUUUUUUUAACCCCUUUUCUUCUAUAUGAGAUAAUAUCAAAUAAUGAUAUUCAAGGAUCUUACUCAGCAUAUACUUUAAAUACUUUUGCGCAGCGGGAUUUUACCUUUGAUAAUGUAGGAUUCACAAUUUGAAAUGUCCAAGGCGAGAGAAAAUUGACUUCAGUUGGGGCAGUAAACGGAGGAGGUAUACAAAUUUUAGCUCCAAUAAUGUUUCCUGGAGAAACAUAUGAACUCCCAAAUAAUGAAAAAAGAAAAAUUCCUAUAAGUAAUAAGAAUUAAAAUGGUGAUGUUAACGGAAAUUGAACUCCGAUGGAGCAGAUGGGUGGCGAAAGAUCCUCUUCGUGAAGAAAGUUAUCAAUGGGAGCCCUCCGAAGCAGGGUAUUUUUUAUUUCUCCCCCGAAGAUUUUCCUACUCCUAAAAAUGGGCUAGGCAGGUUUGGCUUACCACAAGGUCCUGCUCGAUUCGACCAUCGAGGAAUCGGUCGGAAAUUCAAAAUGAUUGCCUUUUAUUUUUCUUAUUUAAACUGCUUCUUUUGAGUCAAUACACGUAAAGGUUUGUAGGUCGCCGGCUUAAGGCCAGUUUAAACAAUUUAACUUAUAUAAGUAUAAACGGAAUGAAUUCUACAAGAAUUAAUGCUGUGAAUCAAUUAGGAGCGACUUUUGCGUUAGAAACAAUAAAAAAUGAGGGAAAAUUAUUGCCAAAUUUUAAUAUAUCCUUUAAUAAUAUCACUGACUGUUUUUUUAGAGAUAAUUCGGCUUAUGACUGCUUUAAAAAUUGCACAGAAGAUUUAGGCUAUUUUCAUAUACCACCGGCAGAUACAUCAGUAUCCUUAUCAACUAUAAGAGAAAUAAAAUGGUUAUGUUUACGGAAAUGGUCUCUGAUGGGCUCUUUUCGAAGAAGAACUUAGUUUUGGGGAAACCUUGCAAAGAGGAAAAGUUUGCUUUUCCUGUCCCUAUCAGCGAAUACCAUCUUUCUUGGUCCGACAGUGGAUCCCGCUUAUGGCCAUAUAAAUCUUAAUCUUAUCUACAAUAGAAAUUUUCAAAUCACUCAAUAUUACAACCCCUAUUAUCGGAGUAGAAACGUCAACAAUAAUGAAUAGUCUUGACUAUUACCCUCAAUAUACAAGAGUUUCCUAUCCAAAUUCAAUUACAUCUUCAGCAGCUGCUUUACUUUUAAGUAUUUUUAGCGCAUAUAAAUGCUCUUUAUUAUAUUCAGAUUCAAUAUGAGGUAGAGAAUUCAGUGAACAAUUUAAAAAUCAAACAGAGUCAUAUGGAAUACAAAUUUUGAAUAAAAUCAGGGAAGUUCCAUUAGGCUUUAAUGGGACUGAUAAAAGAGCUAUACAAGAAAUUGUUGACUUAAAAACGAGAUUUGUGAUUUUAGAAAUUCAGCGACCAGAUAUUUUGUAUGUAAUUGAAGCAUUUUAUGACUUAGGAAUGAGAGAUGGCGAUAUUUUUUUGAUUGCUGGUGAUGGGACUUUAAGUGCUUCUGAUUUGGACGAAAAAAGAAUAAACGCAGAUUCUUAUAAAAAAAGAAAAGAAAUUAUGAGUAAUCUGUUUUAUUUUAGCUAUCUAACUUUCCAAAACCAGAUUGGGCUUGGCAUUAAAAAUAAUUUUUUAUCCCAAUAUGGUUUUGCAUAUGAUAAUAUGUGUUUAUUUUACGAUGCGACUUAUCUUGGGAUUUAUGCAAUAAACUCUUUGAUAACUAGAGGAAUCAAUGUAAAUAGCUCAUCAAUGCAGCAUUCUAUAAGAGAUGUAAAAUUCACAGGCUGCUCAGGAAUAGUUCAAGUUUCACAGGAUGGAAAUAGUAGGCUUUCAACGGUCCUGGGGAUGUAUAGGGGUUUCCCGUAGAUAGCCCUUACAGGGCUGUGGAUUCUGUUCAGAAUCCACAGCCCUGUGAGGGCUAUCUAGCGGAAACCCUAUAUACUUUAUUGCAAAUUAAUUAUGAAUGAAAAUUAGUUCUUCGAGGACUUUAUGAUCCAAGUCAACUUAUUGUGCUGCAUCUUCUGCAGGUUUAUUCAAACUCUUUUAAGAUUCCGAGUGAAAUCAUAGGAGAGGACCAAAAUUGUCCAUUUAAGGAAAGACAAGUUCGGUCAUUUUUAGAUGGCUACAUCAUUUUAAUAGCUAUCGAAAUAAUUCCUAUAAUUAUUGGGACUAUUUUUGUGCUUAAAUUUUACCAUUUUAUUAUGAAUUCUUCUUUUGAAAAACUUGUUACAGUAGAAAAAGAAAAUUUCUUUGACUCUCUUUCUUAUAUUCUUAUGCUUAUUGAGUGUUUUCAAUAUAUGCACACAGGACAAAAUAUCAAUAAUUUUCUGCCUGAACUAACAGAUAUUACAAAAUUAGUGACUUUUAAUAUAACUGGCUGAAAUAAAAACAAUUAUUUUAAUUUUUGAAACCAAAUUCAAUUUUUCGAAAUCAUUGCAAUUUUAUGAUUUAUUUUAUUUUUAUGGAAAAAAAGAAAAAUAGGAGAAAACUCGAAAAGCAAUUUUAUUAUAGGGAUAAACGAAUUUAAUUUAUAUUUUUUACCUUUUAUUGGAGAUUCGCUGUUUCUGCCUAUUUGCUUAAACUUAUUUCAAACUUUUCAAUGCACAAGUAGCAUUGGGGAUAGUUUUUACGAUAGCUUUCAUGACAGAAUUUGUUCAACUUUUUGCUGGCAGGGUGAGCAUAUUUACUAUGUCGUUAUUUCUUCUAUAGCAAUUUGCCUUUACAUGCCUACAAGUAUUUACAAUCGGCCUUUAUGGAAAAAUGACUUAUCUUUUCAUUUUCAAGAACAGCCCUUUCACUUUGUCCUCAAAAGCUAUAUACAAAUGGCUUUUAUCAUCCUGCACACUAUUGUUUUGCCAGUUUCAGAGAUUAUUUUUAUUGGGCUAUGCAUUGGGCUAUUUUUUAUAUAUGUAGUAAUCUCUAUAUAUAAAAAGUCAUUUAAUUAUGAAAGGGCUUCAAUGUGAUAUAUCAUUUUUUUGUCUUUUAGUCUUUUAUUUUGAAUUUGCUGUGGAAUCUCAAAAGGUGAUAAUAUUACUGCGUUGACUGUGCUAGUUGUAGGGUGGGCGUUGCUUAUCAUAUUUGGAAUUUCUUAUCAAAAAAUGCGACUGCCAUCUCUUUUAAUUUCUGAAAAAGGCAUAGAUAUUUACCAAUUGUUUAGAUUUCAAUUAACUUCAAGCAGAAUAGAAGAUCCUGAGAUUAGUAAUUUAUUUAAAUAUCCAUAUUCAAAACAAGAUCUAUACCAAAAAGAAGAAGAAAUUAUAGAGAACAAAAUAAACGUAUCAGAAAAUAGUGAAUCAGAAUAUAAAUAUUUAGUAAAACCUGACGAAUGAAAAUGAUAUGGAAAUUUUGAAGAAGUAUUAGGAAAAUCAGAGGAAUUGUAUGAAAAAAAUAAAAAAAGAGUCCAAUUUAUUGAUAAAGAAAAAGAAUUAGAUAGUGAGGAAAAAGAUAGAGAAAAUAAAGAAAAUUCAGAAUUAAGCAUACACCUUACUAAUGAAGAUGAAACCAAUGAAAAUUAUUCAAAUUGAUCAGAAAAUAGCAUUUCCAAUGACAUAUACCCAGCGAUAAGCCAAGUUAUAGACGCAAACUGCUUGAAAUUUGACUUUCUUGAUAACUUAAAUGAGAACCAAACCAUAUAA